AUGGUAAAACACUCUUGCCAUAGUAAAGGCCGUAAAGCUAUUGAAGAACUUGCAAUGGUCAAAGUUGCUGCUCAAGCUGGGGUUAGAAGUAGAGCUAGAAGUUUGCGCUCAGCGAUUGCGAAGAAAAGAUCAAGACAUGUCAAGGUUUCUAUUAAAGUUAGAAGCAAUGUUACUAACAGUACUGGUCAACAACGAGUCGCAAUUAGGUCUGAAAAUUCAGUUUCAUUUCCACCGGAGGUAAAUGCCGGUCACCGGACGGUGACUGAAGAGAGAUGUUCAAGCCCUAGCUUAGAUGAUGUUGAUGACCAUGCAUCAAUGUCUGCUUCUUGUUGUUCUAGUAAUGGAUCGUGUGAUGAGAGAAUUAAAUUCGCAGAUCUGGAGGAAGAGAGAGUUGAAGCUGAAACGGCAAUGUAUUAUAGUAGUAAUAGUGGAGAAAGAGAGAGAACACCGACUUCUAGCGCCUUUGGAGAAGAAUCAACUUCAGAAAACAUGGAAUCAACGGCAAACCCAGCAGUAAUAUUGAAGAAGCAAAAUUCUCAUCAAAUAUCAUCAACGGACGCCACGGUGAUUAGGAUAACAGAUGAAGAGGUUGAGAAAUUCUUCGGCGAAAUCGAGAAAAACGUUCCACAACGCUUGAAAGACAAAGUAAAGGAUCUUUACCUUUCCAUCCGAAGCAAUUACGAGACCUCUGACGGCACUCUCCAUUCACCAGAGAAGAUGAUCUCAUUGCACCAUAAUUACAUGAAUUAG